AGCUGGAGACCAACUUACCACUGAACCCAUUCCUUUUCCAAGAUCAGAAAAAAAUAACAGGAACCAUUUCUCAUUCAGAUAAGAAUUCAAGCUUUGACAUUGUAAACCACAGACGAAUUGGAGCCUGGCAUUUGAAAGGAGGUGUUCUGCCACAGAUUUCUUUUCCUCCUUGUCUGAAGAAGUUGACUGUUACAAGAGAGAAUCUGAAAAAUGACAGGGGCUAAGAGGAAAAAGAAAAAUGUGCUGUGGAGCAAGAUGCAUACCCCCCAUUGUGAAGACAUCAAAUACUGGUGUAGAAAGAGGCUCCCUAUUUUGGAAUGGGCACCACACUACAAUCUGAAGGAAAACCUGCUUCCAGACAUUGUGUCUGGGGUAAUGUUGGCAGUUCAACAGGUGACACAAGGACUGGCCUUUGCUAUUCUCUCCUCUGUGCACCCAGUGUUUGGCUUGUAUGGGUCUCUGUUUCCUGCCAUCAUUUAUGCCAUAUUUGGAAUGGGACGUCAUGUGGCCACAGGCACCUUUGCCUUGACAUCCUUAAUCUCAGCCAAUGCUGUGGAGCGACUGGUCCCUCAGAGCAGCCAGAACCUCACCACACACAAUCACUCAAGUGUGCUAGGCUUCUCUGACUUUGAGAUGCAGAGGAUUGGAGUUGCUGCAGCAGUUUCCUUCUUGGCUGGUGUGAUCCAGGUGGCCAUGUUUGUCCUACAACUAGGAAGUGCCACAUUUCUGGUUACAGAGCCUGUGAUUAGCGCCAUGACCACGGGGGCUGCCACCCAUGUUGUAACUUCACAAGUCAAGUAUCUCUUGGGAAUAAAAAUGCCAUACAUAUCUGGGCCACUUGGAUUCUUUUACAUUUAUGCGUAUGUCUUCGAGAACAUCAAGUCAGUCCGCCUGGAAGCUGUGCUCUUAUCCUCGCUGAGCAUUGUGGUCUUGGUGCUUGUCAAAGAGCUGAAUGAGCAGUUUAAAAGGAAAAUUAAAGUUGUUCUCCCUAUCGAUUUAGUUUUGAUUAUCGCUGCAUCAUUUGCUUGCUAUUUUACCAAUAUGGAAAGCUCAUAUGGAUUAGAAGUCAUUGGUCAUAUUCCCAAAGGGAUUCCUCCACCUCAAGCUCCCUCAAUGGGCAUCCUCUCUGCUGUGGUCACUGAAGCCUUUGGAGUGGCACUUGUGGGCUAUGUGGCCUCCCUGGCUCUUGCUCAAGGAUCUGCCAAGAAAUUCAAAUAUUCCGUUGAUGACAACCAGGAAUUGUUGGCGCAUGGCCUGAGCAAUGUGAUUUCUUCAUUCUGCUUCUGCAUACCAAGUGCUGCUGCCAUGGGAAGGACGGCUGGCCUGUACAGCACAGGAUCAAAGACUCAGGUGGCUUGUCUAAUCUCUUGCAUUUUCGUCCUUAUAGUCAUCUAUGCAAUAGGACCUUUGCUAUACUGGCUGCCCAUGUGUGUUCUUGCAAGCAUUAUUGUUGUGGGACUAAAGGGAAUGUUAAUACAGUUUCGAGAUUUGAAAAAGUAUUGGAAUGUGGAUAAAAUCGAUUGGGGUAUUUGGAUCAGUACUUACAUAUUUACCAUUUGCUUUGCUGCCAACGUAGGCCUGCUGUUUGGUGUGGUCAGUACCAUCGCUAUAGUGAUAGGACGUUUCCCAAGAGAAAAGACUUUAAGCAUAAUAAAUAUGAAAGAAAUGGAAUUUAAAGUGAAGACCGAAACAGAUGAUGAAACCCUACAACAGGUAAAAAUCAUCUCAAUAAACAAUCCACUUGUUUUCUUGAAUGCAAAGAAAUUUGGUGCUGAUGUAAUGAACUUAAUCCAAAAGGAAAACCAGCUACUGGAUGAUAUAAGCAAGUGUGAACAAAACACAUUGCUGAAUUCGCUGUCAAAUGGCAACUGCAAUGAUGAAUUAGCACAGCCCUGCUCUAGUGAGAAGUGUUCUUUAGUCUUGGAUUGCACUGGCUUGACCUUUUUUGACUAUUCUGGAGUAUCUAUGCUUGUCGAGGUUUACAUGAAUUGCAAGGGCAGGAAUGUGGAUGCAUCACUAGCCAAUUGCACAGCCUCCUUGAUAAAAGCAAUGACGUACUGUGGAAACCUGGAUUCCGAGAAACCAAUUUUUUUUGACUCAGUAUCUGCAGCCAUCAGUAACAUCUACUCAAAUAAGAAUUUGAACAAGCUCAGUGACCACAGUGAAGUGUGAGGUCCACCUAUUGCUGUCUGGAUCUUGCUCUGAAGAAGGACCAUAUGCUGGCAUUUUGCACAAUAUUUUUUGUACAGACCCUGCACAUGACCUCUGCUACAAUAAGAAUGAUGUGACUUACUAACUGCAUUGCCACUGGUCAAGAAUUGUCAACAUUUUUUUUCCUAAUCCUUUUUAGUAAGCAGAUUCAUCUUGUUAUAUAGAAAGAAAUGCACAUGCAUUUAGCUAUAGCAAAUUAAGAACAGACAUGAUUUUUUUCUUUAUCACAGUAUUGUAUAUUAUUUUAUAAUUCUUUUGUUGUAAGCUGAUUUUUAAAACUGAUUUUUAAAACCUUUAUCAUGAGUGAUUUGAAAUAUUUACAAGCCAUUUGUCAAUACAAUGCACAUGAUAUUCACAGAAAUAAAGCACCAGAAUAAAUGGUAAACUAUAAUUCAUCUAUCUUCAUAUUUUCAACAGAUUCACCUUGAAGCACUGAAAAAUGUCUUCAUAUUAGUAAGAAAACAGUAGUAGCUUAAUAAAACCAAGAUUUUAACGUUGGUCUCCUUUGUUGUAAAUAUUAGAAAAUGGUUAGGCCAGUUUGCUCUAAUUUCCACAUUCCCCAUCUCAUAAUUGGCUCCAUUUUCUACUUUGAUUUUAUUGGAGCCAGAAAAUAUGGAAAUUAUAUACCCUGCAAUUUUUUCGCAAAUAUGAUUUUUAGAUGAGAAAAUACCACUAAAUCGAGUAGCCUUGUAUACUUUUUUACUGUAAGAAUUUAGGACUUUAUUUCAGAGACAGAAUUAACAAGAGAGCUUAGAUGUGAAUAUCAGUAAACUCACCCAUCCAACAAGAUAAGUAACAAACUCUACUGGCUUCUGUAUAAGUUAUUGUUUGCAUGCUUGGAUAUGUAUUUCCAAUUGCACACAAAUACACAGACUCAUACUUUUAUCUAACAAAUUGUUUUACCCAGGAAAGAAAAAAUAUUUUUAUAAAUAGACUCAUAAUUAUUCUGUAGCCUUAAUAAUGUUUUUAACUCCCCUAGAAAUUGCCAAUAUAAGAAAUAGUCAGAUACUUUAAACUGAGAUUGAUAAACAAAUUGAAAAUAACAUUAAUAGAUUGGUUGUUUAAUGGCUUUCACAGGCAUCUGUUAAGAAGAAAUCUCAGGGCUUGUGUGGAUGAAAGCAAUGCAGAACAAAUGUGCAGUAAACAUUCACAUGGCCCUUAAUUUUGACACUAAAUCCUUGGUAGGACAAUGUAAUGGAAUUAAGGAACAGUAAAUGUUUUAUUUUUUCCCAGAAAUUAUCUAAUCAUUUUAAUUAUUAUUGAAAUGAACACAAAGGAUAAUCUUAGAUUCUUCAUCACCAAUAGAAAUUAAUAUGAGCAAGAGUGGCUCACAUUCUCAUCAAAUACUCUUUCAGGGAAAGUUGGAUAUAAUAUACUCUGCUUCGUCCAAUUAAAUUAUUGCAAUGGUGGAUGGUAGUAAUAUUCACCAUCCCUAAUCCAUUGGUCACUGGCAAAUAAACAUGAGUCAAAGAAAGUCAAGAAAAGAAAAUAUAUUUUGAUAUGUGUAAAUUGAUAUUCUGCCAUGCAAUUUUGGCCUAUAAUUGAAUUCAUGUGUUGCAGACCAUUUUGUAAUUUGUUAGAGAUUAUGGGGCAUUCAUGCUGUUAAAAUCAUGGUAGUUAAUCAAGGGAUAGUUUGUUCUAUUUUAUUGUUAAUGCUGACAAAAUGGUGGCUGAGCAGUUGCAUUUGAAUGCAUUUCAACGCUUAGAGCUCAAGUUUAGUGGGUAACAUUUGAAAGUAACCUGGUGUCAGAUGUUAACAUUUUAUUUAAGAGAAGGAAAACCAAAGCACCCACUAUAUGAAAUCUUGUUUUGGUAGCUUCUCCCUGAAAUCAAGGCCGCAAUGAAUGUUGGCAUGAAGAAAGGAUCUUUAAUUAAGUCCUGAGUCCAAAAAUUGAACAUAAGAUUGAGACUCACAAGAUUUUAAAACAAUUGUUUAUUUUAAAACAAAACAACACAGAAAUGAAAAUAUGGAUCAAUUGUUGGAAUAUUUCCAGAAUCACACUUAAUUUUUUUGAUAAGAACAUUUUGUUUAUAUCUAUAUCUAUCUAUCUACACAAACACAUACACACACAGCCAUACACAAUAAAAUAUUUCUAUUUUACCAGUUAUAAUAGAAUAAAAUUAGAAAAAAACCUGAUUUGAGUGUUAAAGAUUCAACAGCAUGCUGGAUACAAAUUAAGCAUAAAACAUGUAAGCAGGAAAAGACUGUUAACAUCACACUUAUGCAAAUUAAGUGCUCUUAAAUUUUGCCAUUUGUCUUUCACUUUAAAGGUUAUUUGCCCUGGAUUAUAUAAUUUAAGUUUAGCUGAAAAUACUUUGCAGUAAUUUAUUUGACAGAUCUCUAUAAAUGUGGAAUGUCAACAGGAUAGAGAUCUUUCUUUUUUAAUGAAAACCUCAAUGUGUUAAUAUCUUGGGUGGAUAAUGCUCAACAUUUAGUGGGUAACAAAAUCCUUUGGUAUGUUGUUGGACACAUAUAUGUCUUAGAAAUGCACAUGCUGUGUUCUGUGGGGGAAUGAUGUAAUUCAAGAUAUCAUAUGCUUUUUGGCAGUGAGUUUGAUGCUAGGUUUCAAAUAGAGAGUUAAAUGGUGCUUUCACAAUCUAAAGAUUUGGUUAGCUAAAAAUCAUGUCGUUUAAUACUGUGCACUUAUUUUUUAAAAUAUUUUUCAAUACAUUUGAUUACCUUUUUAAAAAAGCCUUUGUACUAACUCAAUAUGUAACAACCAAUUUACAUAGAAAUAAAUUGAAACAUGAUAACCAUUAUACUUAAA